UGGAAGCAGCAGUAAAACUAGAACCGGAAGUACGGAAGUACGGAAGUUUGAAGCGUUCAGCGGGAGGUCGUGUUUCCACCCGGAUCAGAACCAGGAUCUGGACCCGGAGCAGCGACCCCCGGACCUCAUGGAGCCCCUGCAGCGGCUCCUGGAGCUCCUGAAGCCGCGCAGCGAGGCGGAGUCCACCUGGAUAAAGACCCUCUUCACCUUCAUCACAGAACACCUGAGCCCCGUCACCUGUGGCCCCGCCCCUCCCGCUGCUGACGGCUCAGAGACAGGUGAGGUCAGUGUGUUCCAGCUCAGCGUCAGUGUGGUGCACCAGAUCCAGGAGAGGAUGUGCAUCUCUCACUCCUUACCUGUCAGCUACAGGCUGCUGUCUGUCUGUGAGCUGGUCUCCCAGCAGCACCUGGCCUGCGUCAGCAACCUGUCCUGGAGCACCAAUCAGCAGCGAGUGUGGGCCAGGGAGGCGGAGCUAUCUGUGCCGGGUCAGCGGGCGCUGCCGAGGGUCAACCUGCUGCUGAUUGGCUGUCUGAGAGGGGGGCGGGGCGGAGAGUGGAGGCUGACGGAUAGCAGCGGCAGCGUCAGGUGUGAGUGCCUGUCUCCCUCUCCUCUGUGGCUGAAUCGUCCCGUCUUCCUCCCUCAUUGGAACUACAUCCCCCAGAAUGCCUCGGGACAGGAGGCUGGAGCUGGGUGGAGUUGAUUGGUCCUCCUGUCCUGCCGUGUCCUGGUCCUGAGCAGGGAUUGGCUGCCUGUGUGGAGGCGGGGCUUAUCAACGUUGUGGGAGUCAGAGAGGCUGCAGGACUGCUGCUCCACAGGUGAGUCACAUGACCCGCCGCUCCACAGGUGAGUCACAUGACCUGCCGCUCCAAAGGUGAGUCACAUGACCCGCCGCUCCACAGGUGAGUCACAUGACCCGCCGCUCCACAGGUGAGUCACAUGACCCGCCGCUCCACAGGUGAGUCACAUGACCCGCCGCUCCACAGGUGAGUCACAUGACCUGUGACCAGUGAGGUGACCCGUGUGGUCGUUGUGUGUCUGUCAGGGUCAGGGGUCAGCGGCUGGCGGUGUGGGGGCAGGUGGGCUCAGUCUGCCCUCUGCUGGUGGUGGCAGGAUCUACCUUUUUCUGCUUCACUCUGACUGACCAAUCACAGUCCGUACCUGUCCUGGUCAAGGUAGGAAAUCUCCACACCUCAUGUACUGUAGAUCAGCUGUAGUUCCUGGAUGUUCCACCAGGGGGAACCUCUUCCUGUUUCAUACUGAGGAGCUCAAUGACCUGACACGUUCCACCUUUAACCUAUAGGAGCUUCAGGAGGAACCAGGCUGACUGGACUCACCUGGUUCCUCCUGAAGCUCCUCUGAUCUCCAGGACCUGGAUGAGUUCAUCUGGUGAAGGGACACCAUGACAGAGACGAAUGUUCUAAUUAGUGACCUCCAACCAGGAGUCAGCUGCUAUGGAGGAUAUUGAUGAUGUUGUUGAUGAAGAUGAUGAUAUUGAUUAUGGUGCUGUUAACACUGAUGAAGAUGAUGAUGAAGGUGUGUGUCUCUCUGCAGGACAGCAGCAGGUUGUUCUGGUCUCAGUGUGUGUGUGUUGGACAGAGUGUGUGUGUGACGGCUCUGCGUGUGUGUGUCCUGCGAGGCUGGAGAGGAAACACAUCCUGUGUGUGACGGA